AUGGCUUCCUCUAGACUUGCUUCCGGCCUUGCCCUGCUCAACGGUCUUGGCCUUCUGUCGGGUGUUCGUGCGCAGUCGAACAGGACCUUGCCAGAGGCUGCCCAGAUCAUCGAUCAAAAGAGCUUCAACGUCCUGGAGGAGGUGCUUCCUCCUUCUGAGGCUAAUGCCACUACCACGUUCCUCUGGCCUGGUGUCACCCAGGAGUCUCUCAAGGCGAAGCCAUUCCACGUCUACGAUGAGGAAUUCUACGACAUUAUCGGCACCAACCCCUCGCUGACUCUGAUUGCCACCUCUGAAAAUGACCCCAACUUCCAUGAAGCUGUGACAUGGUAUCCUCCCACGGAAGAGGUGUUUUUCGUCCAGAACGCCGGCUCUCCCGAUGCUGGAACUGGUCUGAACAAGUCCUCCAUCGUUCAGAAGAUCUCCCUUGCGGAUGCCGAGGCUUUGAGAAACGGCACUCUCGGCACGGAGGAGGUUACAGUACAUGUUGUUCCUUCAAAUCCUCAGGUCAUCAACCCGAACGGCGGAACCAACUACAACGGCAACAUCAUCUUUGCCGGCGAGGGGCAAGGAGACCGCAUCCCCUCUGCUUUGUACCUCAUGAACCCUCUUGAGCCGUACAACACGACCUUGCUCGUCAACAACUUCUUUGGCAGACAGUUCAACUCCCUUAACGAUGUGGCCGUCAACCCCAAGAACAAGGACAUUUACUUCACCGACACCCUGUACGGUUACUACCAGUACUUCCGCCCUGAGCCUGGCAUGCGAAACCAGGUUUACCGCCUGAACCCUACUACUGGUGCUCUUACCGUUGUUGCCGAUGACUUCGUCCUACCCAACGGCCUCACGUUUUCUCCCGAGGGUGACUACGCCUACGUCACGGACACUGGUAUCAGCCGCGCUCUCUUCGGCAUGAACCUGACUCAGCCCGCAUCGAUUUACCGAUUCGAUGUCAAGGAGGACGGCACCUUCGAGAACCAGAAGACCUUCGCCUACGUCCACGCUCGUGUCCCCGAUGGCAUCCACACGGAUUCCAAGGGCAACGUCUACGCCGGAUGCAAUGACGGCGUGCACGUCUGGAACCCUUCUGGAAAGCUUCUUGGAAAGAUCUAUACCGGAAUCGUCGCUGCGAACUUCCAGUUUGCCGGCGAUGGUCGCAUGAUUAUCAUGGGCAAGACGAAUCUGUUCUACGCUACACUUGCGGCCUCGGGUGCCCCCCUGUAUUUCUAG